AUGGCCGUAAUUAGUUGGCUACUUGUUCUUGGAUGGGAUUGUGAUGGCUUUAACAAUAAAUUCAAAACAGCAAUGUUGGUCACUUUCAAAACCAUCGCACAAGUCAGUUUUGAAAUUGAUUUGGAACCUGAACAAACUAUUAGCGAAGUGAAGAAAAAAAUUGCUAAAGAAAAGGGAGCCGAUGAGUUUCCUGUUGACUGUCAGAAGCUCAUUUAUAAUGGCAAAGUUCUUGAUGAUGCUCAAACAGUUGAGGAAAUCAAAAUUGAUACGUCCAAAUUCGUUGUGAUCAUGAUUACAAGAAAAAAACCACGUACGACUUCUCCAGUUCUACCCGUUCCUCAACCUUCGAAUGUACCGACUGCAGCUGCAGCCAACACUGCGGCUGUGGCAUCUGUAGUAACAGAUAUUAGCCAAUCAGUAACGCCGCCUAAUACAGAUAGUUUGACAUCCGAACAAGAAGCAACAGUGCAAGCAAUCAUUGCUAUGGGGUAUCCUCGUGACAAAGUGGUUCGUGCUCUGCGAGCAUCCUUUUUCAAUGGAGACCGUGCUGUAGAAUAUUUAUGCUCAGGUAUACCAGAGCCAGAGGAAAUAGAAUCUGUGGAUCAUGAAGAGGAGGAGCAUGAAGGCCUCGGUCUUGAUUUCCUACGUCAGAUGCCACAGUUCGAUCAGCUUCGUGAAAUGGUUCAAGCGAAUCCUUCGGUUCUUCCUCAAAUCAUACAGCAAAUAGCGCAGGCAAACCCAGCGCUUAUGGAUGCUAUACAGCAUAAUCAAGAAGAAUUUGUUAAUAUGUUGAAUACCGGUUCUACUGGUGCUAGUGGUGGAGGCAGAGGUGGAGCACAUCAGUUGCCUGUAUCAGGAGAACAGCGUCAAGUUGCCAUUCACGUUACCGAUGCGGAAAGGGAUGCUAUAGACCGGUUGAAAUCUAUGGGUUUUCCUGAACAACUGGUUAUCGAGGCUUACUUUGCAUGCGACAAAAAUGAAGAUCUUGCAGCUAAUUAUAUAUUAGCUCGUAUGGAUGAAGCAGCGGCAGAAUUUGAUGCACUGGAUCAUCAGGGAGAGGAGAGUCGUGGACAGUAA